AUCAGUAGCCGCAUGUAUCUUGUCGUGUGUUUUUAUGUUGGAUUUGUGUGGGGUGGGAUGAGAGAAUAUUAUUGAAAGGUUUAUUUUCGUUCCGAAGCAAUCAUCUGAGUGUGUGAGUGGUUGUGUGUGUGUAUGUAUUUCUCUGAGGGAGGCUCAGCUUCCGCGAGGUGCUUCUAGUUUUCUGACCAUUUUCCCAUUAUUUUCAAAAGUUUUAUUUGGAAGAUAGCAUCAAUUAUGUUCUAUCAAUGGUUACAUUGAUUGUAUGCAUGGUUGGUAUAUGAAAAACAACCGAAAAAGUGCUAAAUUCGAACGCUAAUUCCAAUAGUGCAAGGCAUCACGCUACUUGCUUGCGGUAAAAUUUGGAAUUCAUCCAAACCCCGGUCAACAGGCGUAUGGUGAAAUGAUAAACAAAAUAUUGCUAUUCUUCGUCGGUUUGCGGUUGGCGUCGGUUUUCAUCGUUGGUACCUGGUACGUUCCGGAUGAAUAUUGGCAAAGCCUGGAAGUGGCUCAUCGGCUUGCUUUUGGAUAUGGACAUCUCACCUGGGAAUGGACGCACGGAAUUCGAAGCUACAUUUAUCCAGCCCUUAUCGCCGGAAUAUACAAAAUUCUUGCCUUGGCCAAACUAGAUUCCGUUGAAUUGAUAAUAUUAUUGCCACGUGUGAUGCAAGCACUUUUAUCGGCAUAUUCUGAUUACCGAUUCUAUAUGUGGUCCAAUAAGAGCAAAUGGUCCGCAUUUGUACUGGCUACAUCGUGGUUCUGGUUUUACACUGGCUCCCGCACCCUCGCUAACACAUUAGAGGCCUCUUUGACAAUCAUUGCGCUUAGCUAUUUUCCAUGGUCUACCUUGGAAGACACAACGUUUUUAUGGCCAGUAGCGUUGUCUGUCUUCAUGAGACCAACAUCGGCAAUUCCUUGGGUACCUUUAUGUUUGUAUCACGUGAAAAAAUCUUCGCACCCAGUUUGGGAACUGCUUUUGAAACGAUAUCUCCUGAUUGGACUAAUUGUUGGAGUUAUUACAGUUGCUAUUGACAGUUUUUUCUACGGUUCUCUGCUUUUCUCAUCCUUUGAAUUCGCUCGUUUCAAUGUACUCAGAGGAAUCGGCAGUUUCUAUGGAGAACAUCCCUGGUAUUGGUACGCGAAUGUUGGACUUCCGACAGUGCUUGGAAUUGGAACAAUACCGUUCCUGUUUGCAACAGUAGAAACUAUUCGCCAUAGAGAGACCUACAAGGAGCGCUUGAUUCUGUUGAUCACCAUCGGUUUCACUCUGGUUAUAUAUUCUUUAUUCCCACACAAGGAAUUCAGAUUUUUGCUCCAGAUCUUACCGAUAUGCCUGUACAUGUCAGCUGACUAUUUAUCACGAUGGAGUAGGAAAGCAUCCGGCAAAAUUGUUUGGUUUUGCGCAUUGGUAUUGCUGAUCUGUAACGCCAUUCCAGCAGGUUACUUAAGCCGGAUUCACCAACGAGGUACACUAGAUGUGAUGACUACACUGCAAUCCAUUGCGCACAACUAUCGGGACGAAUUCGAUCAACCGGCGAAAUUCAUCGUGCUUAUGCCAUGUCAUUCAACACCGCAUCUGAGUCAUAUCCAUCAGAACGUGACGAUGCGCUUCUUACACUGUGAACCGAAUUUCCAGAACGCGGAAGAGUAUUUAGAUGAAGCGGACAUGUUUUACAAGGACCCGUCUGGCUGGAUUCGUAAGAACCUCCCUGUCUAUCCGCGUAGCGCUUUGCCCUCUCAUGUCAUAGCGUUCGACGUUUUGGAACCACAAAUAAGCGAUUUUCUCUCGAAUUACGAAGCUAAAGUAAAGUUUUUCCACUCCGACUAUACUACCGAUAGAAUCGGAAGCCAUGUGAUAGUCUACGAGCGAACUAAUCCAAUCAAAGUGACAAUUGCACCUCCAGUUUUAGAGGAGGACGAAGCGGUAGAAAAUCAGCCCGCUGAUCCAAUAGUCGAAGUCUGAAUGUAAUUCAGAAACAGUUUACCAGAAAAUCGUGUGUGUUUGGUUUGUUUCCCUGUUCAUGGCGAGUUCAUGGCAAGUUUUCAUAUUUCAUCAUCUCUUUGGUGUGGGAGAUUAAUGCUACGGAUGGCGCUGCAAUAUUGAAUUUCGGAAUGAAAUUUUACGAUCUUCUAAAACAAAAAUUCAUAUAUAAAAAUAUAUUUAUAAUUUCCAUUGUAGUUUCCGUUGAUGUAAGCUAAAUUUUACUUCAUACUUUUUAACUGAAUAGAACAAUGUUAUGGUAAACGAAAUGACAUAGCCAUCCAUCUGGAUGAAGCCAAACACUUGCUCCCUAUCUAAAUAAUUUUUACUGAAUAAAGUGUUCAUAUUUUCUA